AUGCCAGAAUCAGGCGUCCAAGCCAACCACUGGGCUCUCAGCUGGGGUCCCAGGAGGAGGUCCCUGGGGCACAGUUAUGCGCCCCAUUCCAGACGCCGGGAAGAAAAAGGGGCGGGGCACAGCGUGGGCCGGGCCAAGGCUUCCUUAAGUCCCACCCGGCCUAGGCCAGCUCCUCGCCCCCAUCCCAGAGCAGGUCCCGGCCAAUCCAGGGCCCCAAGGGGGCUCCCUCUUGAGAGACCCCGUACCCCUGCCCGGCGCUCCGGCCGCCUCCGCACUUACAGACCCGGGGGAAGGCCACCGUCUGGAUCCGGCACCGCCAGGAGCUCCGGCCCCUCGGGGCUCCGGGAAGGGGGAGGGGCAGGGAACCCGAGCCAAAGGGGGACCCAACGGAACCGGAAGGGCAGCCCUCGCCGGACAAAACAACUUCCAGGUCCCUUGGUCCUCUCCACCAAUCGGAAGAGUCGGAGGGUGACGGGGCCCGGAGAGGGACUCUGCGCGCGGAGGGAAGGGAGCAGAGGAUCCGAGAGUGGUGUUGCGAGAGUCUCGCUGUUGACCCGGAGCUGUGGCGGUUGUUUCGCGUCCCGGGCUCAGGUCCUGCGCGCUUCGCCGCUUUGGAGCCGCUCUUCUAGAGCUGGGCCUCCGCCGCCUGCUGCGGGCGUGGGCUUGAAGGGCACCUCCGCACUUAAGCCUUGGUGGAUAUCGUUUUUCCAGCACCGGUUCUUGAAGACUGUUCUUUACCCUUUGAAUGGUCUUGACACCUUUGACCAUAUAUGUGACGGUUUAUUGCUCUCUGUCCUCUCACCUUUGAGGAAGCAUUUAUUCAUUUGGGGAAAGGGCGCAGGGUUUGAAACAUGGCGGACGACGUGGACCAGCAACAAACCACCAACGCUGUAGAAGAGCCCCUGGAUCUCAUCAGUCUCAGCCUGGAUGAGCGAAUUUAUGUGAAAAUGAGAAAUGAUAGAGAGCUUUGAGGCAGAUUACACGCUUAUGAUCAGCAUUUAAAUAUGAUAUUGGGAGAUGUGGAAGAAACUGUGACUACUAUAGAAAUUGAUGAGGAAACAUAUGAAGAGAUAUGUAAAUCAAAAAAAUGGAAUAUUCCGAUGCUUUUUGUCUGGGGAUGGUGUUUUACUAGUUGCCUCUCCAUUAAGAGUUGGCUGAAACAAAGAAGUUUAUCGUGUCUGAAAUAUAGGAGUUUUUGUAUGAUUGCCUCUUUAAAUGUAGAAGACAUUCAAAAGAGAAACCUGUGUAAAUUUUGAUAUUAAGAAGUGACCAAGGAUUCUUCCACUCCUGAAAUGAGUUGAUUUACAGAUAACUCAAAAAUUCUUAAGCUAACGGGGCACCUGGGUGUUUUAAAGCCUUUGCUUUCGGCUCAGAUCAUGGUCCCAGGGUCCUGGGAUUGAGCCCCACAUCAGGCUCUCUGCUCGACAGGGAGCCUGCUUUCUCCUCUCUCUCUGCCUAUCUCUUCUGCCUACUUGUAAUCUCUGUCUAUCAAAUAAAUAAAUAAAUCUUUAAAAAAAAAAUUCCUAAGCUAUUGGGGCACCUGGGUGGCUCGGUGGGUUAAGCCUCUGCCUUUGGCUCAGGUCAUGAUCCCAGUAUCCUGGGAUCAAGCCCCGCAUCGGGCUCUCUGCUCAGCAGGGAGCCUGCUUCCCCCUCUCUCUCUCUGCCUGCCUCUCUGCCUACUUGUGAUCUCUCUCUCUGUGUCAAAUAAACAAAUAAAAUCUUUAAAAAAAAAUUCUUAAGCUAACGGGCAUUUUAAUUUUUUUCCCAAUGCUUCCAAUAAAUGUGAUUGCCAAGAUGCAGAACUCUUUUCAGGAAUUAAUUUGUUCUGUUGUUUUCUCAGACAAUUUCUGGAUUUGUUUUUCUUUUAAAUUAAACUUGAUGUUUCCUUUUUUGAUA